GUCCAAAACGGACCAAGACCGAAACCCUCAAGCCUCUUCUGCCCUUCCCUGCUGCCGCCACUCCCGGCUCCUCCUCCCGUCCCCUCCGCCUCCGAUGGCCGAGACGCCGCCGCAGCUGUCGUCGGACCCUACCACUCCGCCGCAGGAAGCCAACGGAAGGUCCAGUAGGAAGAACAAGAAGAAUACCGCCAAGAAGCAACCGAAGCGAGCCGCCGCCGCCGCGUCCUCGGGUGCCGGCACCAUGGUUGAGGACCCGUUCCUCGUCCUCGCCGGCGGCAAGGAAGGAGGGUUCCUGGAGCUUGAGGAGAUCGACGAGGUGGACUUCGGUAUCUUCGGGGGCGUCGUGGAGGACGUGGGAGCAGGCGAGGGGAAGGAUCGGGGCAAGAAGAAGGAGAAGAAGAAGAAGAAGCGGAAGCGGGGGGAUGAUGACGAGGGCUUGGGAGGCGAUGGUGAUUUGGUAGUUGAGAGUGAGCAGGUGGAGGGGAAGAAAGGGGAGAAGAGGGCGAAGAAGAGGAGGAGGAACAGGAAGAAGAGGAAGGUGAAGGAUAAGGAGAAGAACGCGGAGAGCAACGAGGACGUCACUGACGACAAUGCAGAAGAGAUGCAAGAUGACAAUGAGAGUAUUGAACAAGAUAAGGAUGAUGAUCUGAUUCUGGACAAGGAUGAAGUUUAUGCAUGGCAUGAGCUUAGGCUGCACCCUCUGCUUGUAAAGGCAAUGCGCAGGCUUGGAUUCAAAGAGCCAACACCUAUACAGAAGUCUUGUUUUCCUGCAGCAGCGCAUCAAGGCAAGGAUGUUUUUGGUGCAGCAGAGACAGGUUCUGGUAAGACACUUGCUUUUGGCCUCCCUAUUUUGCAACGUCUCCUUGAAGAGCGAGAAAAGGCCGCGAGAUUACAUCAGGAAGAUAAAAAAAUGGUGGACGAAAGUUCUAGAGGAAGCCCUCUACGUGCUCUUAUUCUGACACCCACCAGGGAGCUUGCCAAACAGGUAUGUGAUCAUCUAAAAGAAGCAGCCAAGUUCAUGGGAAUCCAGGUUGUUCCUAUUGUUGGUGGUCUAUCCAUGGAAAAGCAAGAACGACUUUUGAAAAAGAAGCCUGAAAUUGUUGUUGGAACUCCAGGAAGAUUGUGGGAGCUCAUGUCGAUGAACAAUCAACACCUUGUUGAGCUACAUUCAUUGUCAUUCUUCGUGUUGGAUGAGGCUGAUAGAAUGAUUGAACGAGGUCAUUUCCAUGAAUUACAAUCUAUCAUUGAGAUGCUUCCACUGACUAAUGGUUCUGAUGAACAAGCUGUAAGAACCACGUCAAACUGUGAGACUGUGCCAAUUUUGCAAAUAAAGAAGAGGCAAACCUUUGUGUUCUCAGCCACACUUGCACUUUCAUCUAAUUUUCGGAAGAAGUUAAAGCGUGGCCUAUCUGGUUCAAAGGCAUCGAUGCCUGACGAUGUGAGCUCUAUCGAAGCACUGUCGAAGCAGGCUGGAAUGAAACCCAAUGCAGAAAUAGUUGAUCUGACAAAGGCUUCAAUCUUGCCUGAGAAACUUGAAGAAUCUUUUAUCGAGUGUAGUGAUGAUGAUAAGGACGCCUGCCUGUAUUAUAUAUUGAGUGUUCAUGGGCAAGGCCGCACAAUAAUAUUUUGUACAUCAAUCGCUGCAUUACGUCACAUUUCCUCUAUAUUGCGCAUUCUUGGAAUUAAUGUCUUAACAAACCAUGCUCAAAUGCAACAAAGGGCUCGCAUGAAGGCUGUGGAUCGUUUUCGUGGAAGUGAAAAUUCCAUUUUGGUCGCAACUGAUGGUUUUGCAAGGGGCAUGGAUUUUGAUGAUGUGCGAACUGUUAUCCAUUAUCAGUUGCCACACUCAACUGAUGUUUAUAUCCACAGAAGUGGAAGGACAGCACGUAAAUCUUUGUCUGGCUGCAGCAUUGCAUUAAUCUCUCCUGCUGACAAAGCCAAGUUUUACUCUCUUUGCAAGUCAUUGUCAAAGGAGAACCUCCAGCAAUUUCCUGUAGAUCAUGCUUACAUGCCUGCAGUAAUGAAUAGGCUCUCCCUUGCUCGGCAGAUUGACAAGAUUGCACGUAAAAGUUCACAGGAAAAUGCUAACAAAUCCUGGCUUCAGAGGAAUGCUGAAUCGAUGGGAUUGGUACUGGAGGCUAGUGACAGUGAAGAAGAAUGUGUACAGGGCCACAAGCAACGGAAGGCAACUUCUGCACAUCUCCAAAAGCUUCAACAGGAUUUGAAUGAUCUCUUGCAACGCCCCUUGCAGCCUAAGACUUUCUCGCGACGCUAUUUGGCUGGGGCUGGUGUUUCACCAUUACUUCAAAAGCAACUAGAAGAGUUGUCCAAGAGGAAUGUAAACAGCAAUAGCAGUAAGAAUGAGAAUAAAGGCUCUCGAUUCAUUGCCAUUGGUCAGGAUUGUGUGGAACCCUUGCAAGCGCUUCAGAGUUCUGGGCAAGAGGUUUGUGUAAACAUAGACAAACAAAGAGAAAAGCGAAGACUUGCUGAGAAUUGGAGGCGGAAGAAGCAUGAUGAAAAGAAACGUACACGAGAGCAGAAGAGAAAGGUGAAGAGAAAAGCUAAAGGGAGGGACUAAAUAACAGAUGAAAGAGGAUAUGUAUGAGCCGCCAAGGGGGUGUAGAUUUACUAAGCAACUUACUAUGUCUGACCGCUCGAUUCCUAGAAUUCGUUUGAACUGUGCACGAAUUCCUUUCAGUAAUGGUGUUUUUGCCAUGAUAGAUCAUUGAAGGCACCAGAUUGACACUAGGAUUUAGAUGUGAUGGAUAUCAUGUUUUGCGGCUGAAGAUAAGUUACAAUGCAUGAGCACUGGCUCUGAAUCUGGAAAAUUAAACAUAUUGCGCAGGUGCACUGUAACAUGGUCUCUGUAACGUUUUUUUUUUGUUAAAGUUUUGCCCAGGCAGUGUUCUGAUGCACUUGUGAUGGAUGUAUUUCGCAAUGUAAGUUUAUCGAGGGAAACAACAGUACUGUUAUCGAAGUACUUUUAUGCUCUGCCUCUGCUUUAUGUGUAAAGAAAACAAGUAUAUUAUUCCAAUAUACUAGUAGGUAUUUCUUUUUGACAA